GCACGAGCACGCGCGGGGGGAGCUGACCGUCGCGACGUCACGCCGUCCGCGCCGAUCGAUCGCCACCGUCCGCCGUCCGCACCACUCCGCAUCCCACGUUCACCACACGAAUAACGCCUACGACUUAAAACAUAAAAGCUGAUUCACAACUGAGUCAUUCGUUAUUGCGCGAGGCAUGUAGAUUAGCAUGCACAUAACAUUGGGAUUGUCGCCGGCAUCGGGCGAGAUGCUGGACACGUCGCUGCUGAGCCUUUGCGGGGCGGGCGAGCAGUGCGGCGCCGCUUACUUCACCGUGGACAGUGCAGUGCCCGAGUCCUCGCACACCGUUGAGAUAGAGUACGUAUACGAACAGCCGGAAACUUACGUCCCCGGUGGUGGCCAGAUAGCACCGAACGAUGACUUGCAGCCGAUUGUCACGGACCUCUCGCCGCCGGAGGCGCCUAAGAAGAAAACAAUGAAACACAGGCCGGAGAGACCCGCCAUCGACGAUCAAGAGACGGACCUGACCAACUUGAACUGGCUGCAGAACAUAACAAACAUAAUGGGCCCGCCACAAAUCCCGCUGCUGCCGAUAUCGCCCAACCCGCAGGCGAAGGCGCCGCCGCAGAACACGCGAUUGCACAAGUUCAACCAGACGAUCGCCAAGUGCCAGGAGGACUUUAUGAUGAACAAGGCGGAAUAUCAGAGGAACAGCGAGAAGAAGCCGCCCUACUCGUACAACACGCUCAUCUGCAUGGCCAUGCGUUACAACAACGACAAGAUGACGCUCUCCGCGAUAUACUCAUGGAUAAAGGACAAUUUCAAGUACUACCGGAGCGCGGAUCCCGCAUGGCAGAAUUCAAUUCGACACAAUCUCUCCUUAAACAAAGUCUUCGUGAAGGUGGCCAGAUCUAAAAACGAGCCAGGUAAAGGCGGUUUCUGGAAGCUCGAUCUCGCACAUUUGGAAGGAACGAAGAGGAUUUCCUGCAGAACUCACAAGAAGAAAAAGAAACCAGUGAUGGCAACAAAUAAACCGAACGAAGAUACAACCGCUGUAGCAAAUAUAUUGCAGAUCCAAGACGUUACUGAAAGUAUGAGUGAAUUGCCCGUUACGCUGCAUUUACCUGAAUUCACCCUCGAUAUACAGACGUUACCUGAAAUGGAAGUUGAGACGAACAUUGGAGCUAAUGUCAUAGUUGAACCCAUUGUUCCACCACCUCCCCUCAUUUCGGAUCCCGAACCGGACGAUCUCAGUUCUUUACUUUUAAAUCCAACGGAAUGGAAUGACUUGCAACUGGAUAUGCUCGAUAAUUAUUUGGAUUCUUGUUUCAAGUAAGUUAUAUUUAAUUUAAUUA